CAGCAGCACCCUUAGAACCAUUUACACUUCGUUUGAUUUAAUUAAGAAACUGCAUUUCUUCUACAAUGCCAAACACCUCGCAGGUUAUUUCAUGCAAAGCUGCAAUAUGCUGGGGGGCUGGAAAGCCUGUAACGGUGGAAGAGAUACAAGUAGACCCACCAAAAGCAACAGAAGUUCGAGUUAAGAUGCUAUGUGCCAGUUUAUGCCACACAGACAUCUCAAGCAUUCAAGGAUUCCCAUAUAUCAAUUUUCCUCUAGCACUUGGACACGAAGGAGUUGGUGUUGUAGAGAGUGUUGGUGAUCAAGUGAGAAAUUUGAAAGAAGGGGAUGUAGUAAUUCCAACAUACAUAGGCGAGUGCCAAGAAUGUGAGAACUGUGUUUCAGGAAAAACCAAUUUGUGUCUGACAUACCCUAUAAGAUUGACUGGUCUACUACCAGAUAACACUUCAAGGAUGUCCAUCCGAGGCCAGAGGCUACACCAUGUCUUAAGUUGUGCAACAUGGUCAGAGUACAUGGUUAGUGAUGCCAACUAUACUCUCAAAGUUGAUCCAACCAUUGAUCCAGCCCAUGCCAGUUUCAUCUCAUGUGGGUUUUCAACUGGUUAUGGAGCUGCUUGGAAGGAGGCCAAGGUUGAAAGUGGAUCCAGUGUAGCUGUUUUUGGUCUUGGAGCUGUUGGAUUAGGGGCUAUAAGUGGCGCCAAAAUGCUGGGAGCAACUAAGAUAAUUGGAAUUGACAAAAAUGAGAUGAAGAGAGAAAAAGGAGAGGCUUUUGGAAUGACUGACUUUAUAAAGGCUGGUGAUUCAGCUAAAUCUGUUUCAGAAUUGGUUAAGGAAAUGAGUGGUGGGAUGGGUGUGGAUUAUUCCUUUGAGUGCAGUGGAGUUGCCCCUUUACUUACUGAAUCUGUGGAAGCCACAAAAGUGGGAACAGGUAAAACAAUAGCAAUUGGUACAGGAACAGAACCUAUUAUCCCGUUUGGUCUUACUUCCAUUAUGUAUGGUAGAACUUUGAAAGGUUCUGUUUUUGGGGGGCUAAAAGCCAUAUCUGACCUGUCCAUCGUAGCUAACAAAUGCCAGAAAGAGGAAUUCCCUCUUCAAGAACUAUUCACCCAUGAGGUCCCAUUGACAGAUAUAAACAAAGCAUUUGAACUAUUGAAAAAGCCCAAUUGUGUGAAAGUUGUCAUCAAGAUGUCACAUUGACAACAGUUUCCAGAAUAAGACAAGAAAACUUCAAUAGAGUGCAAAGAUUCAUAUGCAAUUAUACGACUUUAGAGGAUAAUAAUAUGAGGCGUUGUUAUAAAGACGUUGGUACUAAAAAAUGUGUGAUGAUAUAUCAACAUUACUAUUUUAUAAACAUUCUAUUAUUUAUUACUUU